AUGACACAUUAUUGUCGCCAGAAAAAGUUAACAUAUUCCACAUAUAAAGGUCCCGGUCAUUUUCGGUAUGUUCAAGUUCCUAUGUUAAUAAUUUAUUCUCUAUUAUCUUCAUUUCAGGCAAUUGCAAAAUGGUGCAAGGAAAAUAAAAUCGAUAUGGUUGUUGUGGGUCCCGAGGAUCCCUUGGCCAAUGGUUUGGGUGAUGUUUUGCAAAAUGCUGGUAUCCCCUGCUUCGGACCGGGUAAAAAGGGUGCCCAGAUUGAAGCUGACAAAAAAUGGGCUAAAGAUUUUAUGAUACGCAACAAUAUACCAACUGCACGUUAUGAAUCGUUUACCGAUUGUGCCAAGGCCAAGGAAUUUAUUAAGAAUGCUCCCUACAAAGCUUUGGUUGUGAAGGCAGCCGGUUUGGCAGCUGGCAAAGGUGUUGUGGUUGCCGCCAAUGCCGAAGAAGCCUGUCAAGCUGUUGAUGAAAUUUUAGGUAGCAAAAAAUACGGCUCAGCUGGUGAAACCUUGGUUAUUGAGGAGCUAUUGAGCGGUGAGGAGGUAUCCGUUUUGGCAUUUGUUGACAAUCAUGGUGUUCAGGCCAUGUUACCGGCCCAAGAUCACAAACGUUUAAAGGAGAAAGAUGAAGGACCCAAUACCGGUGGUAUGGGUGCUUAUUGCCCAUGUCCUUUGAUAACCGCCGAUGCUUUGGAAAUGGUUAAGAAGCAGGUGCUGCAACAAGCGGUCGAUGGCCUUCGAUCGGAGGGUAUUGAUUAUAAAGGUGUCCUAUAUGCUGGCAUGAUGUUGACACCCGAUGGUCCUAAAGUUUUGGAAUUUAAUUGCCGUUUUGGUGAUCCGGAGACACAGGUUAUUCUACCCCUGUUGGAUUGUGAUUUGUUUGAGGUUAUGGUUGCCUGCUGCCACAAUAAAUUGAAGGAGGUCAAUUUGAAGUGGAGAACUGGGUUGAGUGCUGUCGGUGUGGUUAUGGCCAGUGCUGGUUAUCCCGAGACAUCGACUAAAGGAUGUGUUAUUGAAGGUAUCCCAGCCAAUACUUCCGAUCAGAUAAUAUUCCACAGCGGUGUGGGUGUUAAUGCCGAUGGAAAAUUUGUCACCAAUGGCGGUCGUGUCUUGAUUGCUGUCACUCUGCGCAAGGAUUUAAAACAAGCUGCCCAAGAUUCAACCAAAAUAUGCCAGAACAUCAAAUUUUCGGGAGCUGGAGCUCAAUUCCGUACUGAUAUUGCUGAAAAGGCCUUUAAAUUCCAAAAACCCACACAACCUUCAUUGUCCUAUAAGGAUAGCGGUGUGGAUAUAGAUGCGGGUGAUGAUUUGGUGCAACGUAUCAAACCAUUGUCGCGUGGUACUCAUAGGCCAGGUGUUAUUGGGGGCUUGGGUGGUUUUGGUGGUCUGUUCCGUUUAAAGGAGUUGGACUACAAAAAUCCGGUGAUAUGUGAGGCCACCAAUGGUGUAGGUUCAAAAAUCCAGUUGUCCUUGUCUUUGGGUACCUAUGAGAAUCUCGGUUAUGAUCUAUUUGCCAUGUGUGCCAAUGAUAUUUUGGAAUCGGGUGCUGAGCCAGUGGCAUUUUUAGAUUAUAUUGCCUGUGGAAAAUUGCAAGUCCCAGUGGCUGCCCAAAUUGUUAAGGGUAUUUCAGAGGGUUGCCGGGCUGCCAAGUGUGCUUUACUGGGUGGUGAAACUGCUGAAAUGCCUUCGGUUUACGAAGUCGGUAAAUAUGACAUUGCUGGCUAUUGUGUGGGCAUUGUCGAAAAGGGCAGGGAAUUACCCAAAUAUGAACAUUACGAAGAGGGUGAUUUGUUGAUUUCAUUGCCUUCGUCGGGUCUACACUGUGGUGGCUAUAAUGCGGUGCUAACAUGUCUACAAAAUCAGGGUAUUGAUCUUACGGAAAGAUCGGAAUUUGGUGAUACUGACAAAACUUUGGGUGAAAACUUGGCUGAACCCUCUCGCCUAUAUGUCCAAGAAGUCUUACAAUUAUUAGCCAGCGAUACCGUAAAAGCCGUUGCUCACAUUACCUCUGGAUUAGUUCCAAAUGUGGCAAGAAUUUUGCCUUCCAAAUAUGAAAUUGCUUUGGAUUUCGGCGAUCUCAAUGUACCCGAAGUAUAUGCUUGGUUGGCAGUCCGUCUGAAGCUGUCCGAAGAAACUCUACUGCAAACCCUAAAUUGUGGUAUUGGUUUAGUGAUGAUCGUGCACAAAGCAUCGACCGCAUGGAAAUCUGUUAAGGGUGCCAAAGUAUUGGGUGUGGUAAAGCGUAGACUGAACACCUGCCCUAAAACUUCGCAAAUCGAGGUUAAGAAUUUUGUUGAAGCUUUGGAGAAACAUAAAAAGAAAUUCAUCACGAUGGGUGAUAGUGAAUUAUCCGAACCCAAUUAUCAUGAGUUGCAAGGUCUGUUGAUAGUGAAUGCUGAAAAGCGAAAGGAAUCUUUUGUGGCCCAGAAUGGUAGACGAUUGACAGAGGUGCCCAAAACAUUUAAGGAUCCGAUUUUGAUUAUGGGCACCGAUGGUGUGGGUACCAAAAUUAAAAUUGCCCAACAGACCGGACGUAAUGGUACCGUGGGCAUUGAUUUGGUGGCCAUGUGUGUCAAUGAUAUUCUAUGCAAUGGUGCAGAGCCGUUUACAUUUGCCAGCUAUUAUGCCUGUGGUCAAUUGGAUGAAGAGUUGGCUGAAGAAAUUGUGGAUGGUGUAAUGGAGGGUGCCCGACAAUCGGGGGCAAGUUUAGUGGAAUCCCACAUAUCCGAAGUCCCUCUCCUGUAUAAACCCAAAGUUUAUGAUUUGGCCGGUUUUUCUUUGGGCAUUGCCGAACAUGAUCGCAUUUUACCCUUAACCGAUAAAAUACAACCUGGUGAUGUUCUUAUUGGUCUGCCAUCUUCGGGGGUACACAGCAAUGGUUUUAGUUUGGUCCAUGCCGUGAUGAAAUUGGCUGGAGUCACUUUCAACGACAAGGCUCCAUUUAGCAAUCUAACAUUUGGCGAAGAAUUCCUGCGACCCACAAAAAUCUAUGUCAAUGCCUUGAAACCGUUGAUACAAAAAGGCCUGGUAAAGGCAAUGGCCCACAUUACAGGUGGUGGUCUUACAGAAAAUAUUCCACGUGUCUUGCGUAAAGAUUUGGCAGUCCAAUUAAAUGCUCAAAACUUUACCAUACCACCCGUUUUCGCGUGGUUGGCACAGGAGGGCAAUGUCAAACCUGAAGAAAUGCAAAGAACCUAUAAUUGUGGUUUAGGUAUGGUCUUGGUAGUGGAUCCAAAACAUGAGCGACAAGUAAUGGAACUGAUACAAUUUUCGGAACGGGCCAGCAUUGUGGGGGUGGUGAAGCAACGAGAAACUCCCACCGCACCACAAGUUGUUGUUGAGAACUUUGAAAAAUGUUUGGAACACACAAAGCGUGUUAUAGCUGCACCACGUAAACGUGUGGCAGUUUUAAUAUCCGGUUCGGGAACAAAUCUACAAGCCCUCAUUGAUGCAACCAGAGAUACAUCACAGGGUUUAAAUUCCGACAUUGUUUUGGUCAUAUCGAAUAAGCCAGGUGUCAAGGGUAUUGAAAGGGCGCAAAAGGCCGGUAUACCAAGCAUUAUUAUUAGCCAUCGCGAUUUCAAGACACGCGAAGCUUUCGAUGAGGAAAUGUCGAAACAUUUGUUGCAAAUGAAAAUUGACAUUGUUUGUUUGGCUGGUUUUAUGCGGGUCUUGAGUGAACCAUUUGUUAAAUUGUGGAGAGGAAAAUUAUUGAAUAUCCACCCAUCGCUGCUACCCAAACAUCCUGGUCUACAUGUGCAAAAGAAGGCAUUGGAUGCUGGUGAUAAAGAAUCUGGUUGUACAGUACAUUUUGUUGAUGAAGGUGUUGAUACAGGUGCCAUUGUGGUACAAUCCUCUGUACCCAUUUUGCCGGGAGAUACCGAAGAAACCCUGACUGAACGUAUACAUUAUGCCGAAUAUUAUGCUUUCCCCAAGGCCUUGCGUUUGGUGGCCAACGGCUUGGCCCGUUUAAACAAAGAAGGCAAAGUGGUAUUUGCCUAAACAAAGACAAUA